GAACCUGUACUGUUCUACAACACAAGGAGAGAGGAAUUCGCCAGAGAUAAUAAUAAUAAUCGUACGCGAUUUUAGCAAAGUUGAGCCUCGGGUCGCUGUUGUCAGUCGCUGCUCUGGAAAGCAGAGUGUAUCUCCUCCUUAUCUGUGCCGGAUCUGGACUCUUUAUAUUUGCUUUUGGAGAGCUGCACCGGUCCCCCGUUUUUUUUUCUCUGUGUGUGUGAGAGAGUGUUAAGAGCUCAGCGGUGUUUUAACUGGUGGAUGAUAUACAUGCACACUGUGCUAUAGAGAGCUCACUGUUACAUGACCUGAAAGCUGCAGAUCCACAUAAAAACGGAGGAUGUAAAAGAGAAGCCAGUGAAAUGAAGAACAGAAGUUUGAUGGAUUAGCUACGCUGACACUGGAACCUCUCAAAUCUCCCUGCUACAGACACAGUGAUGACCUGAAAUUGAGGGAGAACGUUCACUUUAUUCUGAGAAGGAAAUCUUAGUUUUACAUUAAAUGCUAGGCCUUCAUUAGCCCAAAAAAGACUUUAGAUUUUUCUACAUGUGUCUAGGCAAAUGGUAAAGCUGGUGCCAGUUGCACGCAUAGUUUCAGUCAUUCAUUCACUGACAGUGCUAGAUGAAGAUGGAUAGUGUGGUAGUGUGGUGUCCAGUAACCGGAGAGUGCUAAAUGAGCUGCUGUGUUAGCAGCUAGAUGUCUUAAUGACUGAAGGUAGAUAGCAUUUUAACUGACCAACAUAAGCACACUAGAUACCCCUAGAUGUGCAACUGCAGAUAGCAGUAGUUUCAAGUUUUUUUUUUAACUUGUGAAAGGCCAGGAUAGACAGGGUAGUUUAGUUUGUACCAUGAACCCUAGAGACAGUGUGGAGGUGAUGGAGACCCAGGCGGGAGGUCAGAAGGAGAAGCUGGUUGGAGACAAGGCCAAACCUGGAAAUGAGAUUGAGGGCGAGGAUGACAAAAUCCCUGGGACUUAUGACUGCAGUGUCUGUGGACGCAGCUUCCCGUUCCUCAGUUCUUUGUCGCAGCAUAUGAGGCGCCACACGGGUGCACGUCCUUAUAAAUGCCCCUACUGUGACCACAGGGCCUCUCAGAAGGGCAACCUGAAAGUUCACAUCCGCAGCCAUAAACUGGGCACGCUCUCUAGCCAUCACUCCAACGAGGACGAAGAGGGUGGGGCUGAGGAGGAGGAGAUGAGUGUUUCAGAAGGCCUUGAUGGAGGUACGAGUCCAACUAAGAGUAGCUCUGCCUGUAACCGGAUGAUCAAUGGGGAUAGUGGAGAGGAGAGUCGGAGGAAAUUGCCUGCAAGGAGCAUGAAAAGAGAGAAGUCUGUUACCGACCAGCGCCCUUAUUGUUGCCGUCUCUGUGGCUACGAGGCCCAGCGAGAAGACCAGCUCCUCAGCCACAUUGAAAAGGUCCACAUCACAGCAGACACAGAGGAAGAGGCAACUGUUAGGGAAGAGGCCGUGACUGAGCCUGAUGUCAUCCAACCCCAGAAUGAUGGGACCUUUCCCUGUGAGACCUGUGGCCAGGUCUUCACCCAAGCCUGGUUUCUGAAGUCACACAUGAAGAAACAUGCAGGGAUCUUGGACCACUGUUGUCGUAUUUGUGGACGACGGUUCCGCGAAGCAUGGUUUCUCAAAUCUCACAUGAAAACACACAAUACCAAAUCUAGGUCACGGUCAAAAUCAGAUCUGGCUGAGCAUCCAGCCACGAUCAACGAUGUAGCUCAGGAUCCUGAUAUUGUUACUGGGUCUGUUACAUCUAUCUAUCAAAUGUGUUCUAAAUGUGGGAACCUGUUUCACAGCAAAGAGAGCCUUAGAGCCCAUGAUAAGGUCCAUAGUCUCAAUUAUGGCAGGAAAUCCCAGAGUCAGUGCAGACCCAGUGAUGAUGAGGACUCACCAGCUGCUAAGAGAUGUUUUCUUGACUACUUAAACCUCCAGCCUGUUGAAGAAAAUACCCUGGACAAGGAAGAGAAAAGAGAGAAGAUUGUGGGUCAAAGAAUACCAGAGUUAGAUCCAGUUUGCAGCUACCAGGCCUGGCAAUUAGCCACUAAAGGAAGAGUUGUGGAGCCAGUGGAGCCUAGUUACAAGGCUUCCAAUGGGGGAGGAAGCAUGGGGGAGGAGGCCCUUGCUGGAGCCUCUGUGGUUUUUGAGAAGGAGAGCAGUCGUUAUGUCUUGCAAGGUCAAGAGAAACGCAACUCAGGCAGACGCAGCAGCUCUGGGUUGGGAAGCCAUGCCUCUUCGGGGGACCGGACACCAGAGAGUCUUAGUGACUCAGAGUACCGGCCUUCAUCUCGCCAAGACCGACGACGGCCAUCCCAGUCACAAGGGUCCUCCAAGUCUAAUGAGUGCUUUGAGUGUGGGAAGGUGUUUCGUAGUCGUCAUCAGAUGAUCGUCCACCAGCGAGUCCACAGGAAGGAUGGAGGCAGGGCAUCUGUGGGAGAGAAGGAAAGAACUGCAAGGGAUGAGCGAUGGGGCUCCACCAGUGAUCCAGAGUCAGGCUCCCCUAGUCGACCCUGCACUCCGGGGUAUGGAGACUCUCCACCAGCCUCCACCCUCGGAGAUCAGGCCUCAGAGAUGGGCACCGCAAAGUCUGGACAGCUUUCAGAUGAGAAGCCUUACAUCUGCAGCCUGUGUGACUUCGUGACCAUGGAGUCGCAGGCUUAUCUGACUCAUGUUCGUGUCCAACACCCACCUGCCCUUGAAGAUCGAUCUAGCCCCAUUCCCAGCCCCAGCUCCAGCUCAGACAGAGGCACCCCCAGUGGUUAUCCCAAGCUGAAGAAAGCUCUUCUCCAAGGACUGAACAACUCUACAUCCCCUCCCGCCUAUCUUUCGGCUCGAUCAUCCCCGCUCGAUCCCAACAUGACUCCUGUGGAUCUAUGUGUGAGGGCUGAAGGCAUCAGGGGGAUAGCCUCCUUUACCUUGGACAGGAAAAGCCUCCCUAGUCACAAGUGCUCCUUCUGCUCUCACUCCACCCGCUACCCUGAGGUGCUCUGGAUGCACCAAACUGUGGCUCACCGCAUCAACAGCAGUAGCUCAAAUCUGGCUCCUAAAUGGGCCUUUAAAAACAACUCAAAGGGCUCCAGGGACAGCUUGUUAUCCUCCAGGAGACGUACCGGCCCCCCACCAGUGCUGGAGGGAAAGGAGUGUCCACCGCUGCCUCCACUGAUGCGCACACAACGUACUCGCCCCCCAACCUACUCAAGUGAAGUUCUAAAGAAGAGUAAAUCAGCCAGUCAAGCGACCACGCCAUCAUCAUCAUCAUCAUCCUCUACCCCCUCCUCCUCAUUCUCCAGGGGUUCCUCAUCCUCUUCAGGCACCCAAGCUGGAAGAGUCCCUGUACGGUCAGGCAGCAGCACCAGCAGUAGUGUCAAACACACAGAGGACCAGAGUCAUCAGUCACGCUUCAGACCCAAAGUGGAUAUUUACCCUCGGGAAAGCUCUCUGUCAUCCUCCAGCUCCUUAGAGAAGAGCACUGGCGCCCUCUCACGUUCCUCAGGCCCAAGCCCCAGCUCUGCUACAUCUUCCAGGGUGGCCGACCGCUACUUGAUGCCUCAAGAGGGCCUCGGCUUCAUGCUGUCGAGCAAACAUGGCCUAGCAGAGUACAGCCGUGCUAGGGGCUCCCCUCAUCAACCACUUCCCAACUCCCAUAGCCAGGGCCGGGCUAACGCUGCGAGGACCAGCACCAUCACCCAUAGCUCCGCAGCAGGACACAAUUAUGGAGCCUCCCAGGCACGCGGAGGCACUCUGCAGAAUACCUUUUCCUCCUCCUCUUCUUCUUUGCCUUCAGAGGCUCGUGGAGAUGUAAAGCAGGAGCCAAUCACAGAGACACUGGAGAUGCCUAACGACAUCCUCGGCUUCCUGAAAAACUACAGCCCCAAUGAUCUGGCUGCCCUCUACCACCGCUGGGGUGCAGCCAAUGCCCUGCUGGAUCCUACUGGGAUGCUGAGGUCCCUCAUGCGACAGGGGCAGUAUUUCUGUCACGAGUGCGGGAAGAGUUUCAGUCAGCCUAGCCACCUGCGCACUCAUAUGAGAUCCCAUACGGUUGGGUUUGAUUUUAACGGACUCCACAGAGGUACUGACGCUCACACCACCGCUUCUGAAGCUCCCAAACAAGGGAGAGGCCAUUCUGCUGCCAGCUCUGCCCAUACCGAGCCUCUCAGAAAGGGAACCUAAAGACGCAUGUCCAGAGUGUCCACCAUAUGCCUUUUGACAACAGCCAGUAUCCAGACACAAGGAGCUUGUUACUGAGCCAGGAGGAGCAAGGAGCGCUGGCUGCCAAACACCCACCAACACCACAAAAACAAUAACAGUAAACCACCUGAUAGACCAGGAUCUGGACUUGGGACACGACUAGUCAGGGAUUCACACAACCCAAAAACACCGUCAGCAUUCCUAAAAAUCAGAGGACUGGAAGUAGGACCCAGGACUCACGACUGACUUUUUGAGCUUCUCCUCGCCACCCAUCAUCCUUUAAUGACCUUAGAAGAAUUUGCUUCAGUGAAGGUUCUUGUAGUUUUUGAAAGUUUUUGUCUUGUAAAAAAGCUAGUUAAAACUGUGGUAGACGAUUGUAAAAUCACAAAAUGGGACCACAGAGGAAGAGUGUCUUGUCUCCUAAAGGAAAGAAUUCACAAUGAAAUUCUGCAGUUUGAAAUUCAGGUCUGCACAGAAGUAGAAAUAUUUCUCUACAGAGAAGAAAUGAAGAAUGAAAUAUAAAGAUUUAGCCCGAAAGCUGGACUCAUAUUUUGCUUGUCUUUUUUUUCUGUGAAGGUUGGCAAAAAGGAGCAAGCUGUGUACAGUUUACAUCACCUUAAAGGAUAUCUGAAUUUAGAGGCCCCACAGAAUUGAAAGAGUUACCUCUUGCUGCCCUUUUGGAGGUACCAGCAAGUAAAGUUGCUUGGCACAGCUUUACAAGAAAAGCAAAAUUUUUAUGAAAAGAAGAGGAAAAACUGAACUUGACUGCAGUUGCGGUCUAAUCAAGGACUGUGGCAUUGCAUGGCUGCUGUAGUUGCCCCCAUCUCCCAUUAUUUUUUAGCUUUGUUGUAUGAGUUUGUACAUUCCUCAGGACACCAAUCAUCUAAGAGAUGACAUGAGAGAGGAGAAGAUGCUCUGCCCUUCAUCAGCAGUCAGCUGACACACUGCAAGUUCGUCUCCUCUGGGCUAAGUCGUGAAUACGAAGACUUGCAUCUCCGUGUGCACUCCAGAGUGCAGUGACCACUCUUGAGGCUGUACAGCUGAUGAUUAGAAGGAGAGAGAGAGAGAGUGUUGAAGAGAGGUAGGAUUGAAGAGAGAGAGAGAGAAAGAGAGAGGAGAGAAAAAGAGAGAGAGAACGCUAAUGGGGGUGUCUGCUUUAGUGCUCAUUAAAAAGAGUGUGCGUUUUUAAUAGCCAAUAUAAAUGAGCGUACCAUUUUUAUGGUCAUUCAAUUAUUGUCCAUUUAAGAGGAAAGGACUGCGAGGAGGCAGUUUUCCCUUCAUAUUAGGGAGUGUUUCCCACACCGACACUUCUGACUUUGAAUUAGACUCCAAAACAGUGGGAGUGGCGGGAAGACGUUGGUGGACUUAAACUUAUGUAAAUGCGAAGGAGAAUAUGGCACUGCUAGUUUUAGCCAGAAAACAUACAUCUUAAUAUUUCCCAUUGCUAAUUGCUAAUUGCCUGUUGAUCUCCUUAAAAUUAAUGUGAUGGGAUCUUUGGUACAUCUUAGAUUUUGCUGAAAGCCUGUCAGCAGCCCACGAUACCUUAACACAUUACCUCCCACCCUAAGUUCCCUAAGUAAUCUGAGAGGAUCACAGGAUAGUUACUGGGAUAGGAAAAAAUCAGAAACAUACUGUUUCUGUUUUCUCUGAAUUGAAUGAAUGAAUUUUCUCUUGUAAAAUAGUGGAAAUCAUCUAAAAAUUUUUAAAGUUAAAUAAUUUGAGGGGGAAAAUCAAAGCCAGGCGAGCUGUUUCUCCCUGUCUCCAGUCUUUGUAUUAAGCUAAGCUCGUUAGCUGCUAACUCUAGCCUCAUAUUUAACGAACAGACAUGAGUCUUGACAAGAAAGUAAAUGUGCAUAUUUCCCAAAAUGUGCAGCUAUUAAUUUAAACUUGGCAGUUUAAAUCAUAUAUACACUGUAUGUUAAUGUGCACAUGCCUCAAAACAAACAACCAGAGAUUCAGAGCUAAUUUCGUUAACAUUUUAAGCAGACUAAUGAGCCAAACUCCCAUGCUGUGAGUUUAAUUUCUCGAACUGAGAUGGGAAGAUUUGCAUUCCAGAAGGACAGAGUGAAGAGGUCAGAGAGAGAGAGAGAGAGAGAGAGAGAGAUCGAGAGCAGCCAGAGGUCAGGAGGUCAGGCUUCCAGAGAGUUCAGGGAUAAGUACAUGAGGGGAGACAUUUUGAAGCCUAUACUGAACAGUAGAGCCAUCACAGCCUUAACACAGGUGUGUGUGUGAGUGUGCUUUAACGCAUGUGUAUGUUGAUUCUUUUCAAACCUCUCCACCACUCCCUACUUCUGUGUACUCCAGCCUCCCUCUAGAUGCCUUGUAUACCAGCCUUCCUCCUCUGCAAUGAAAGCCUGUUUUAAGUUUGUUGGCUGGUAUAAAGGUAGAACUGUUCUUUGCAAGGACAAAAUGUUUUUUUUUUUUCUUUGGUGUCCUGUGCUUAGUUUUCUCCCCUCAGCGGUCUCUGAGAUUGAAAAAGCCAUGCCUUGACACACUGGGGAAAAGAAGAAGAAAAGAAAGGCAGUUCAAAGUAGCUCCAGCUUAAAGAGCAAGAGCAGAACUGUCGGUUGGCGGAGACAUUUUUGUACGCAUAAAAUCAAAAUUCACACCGGUUAAAGAUUACGGAGCAUACAGUACUGUACUUCCCAUCUAUUGUGAGACCUCAGUAGUUUUUACAUGAUGAUGAAAUGUUUGCUAUACCAGUGGGUUGUUUAGAUAUGCAUACAAUAUUGUGUGCUUGAAUAUGCCUAAUAAUACACAGAUGUGUAUACUGAAGGUGUGGGUAGUGAAAAUACUUGAAACGGAUACUCUAGCCUUCGAGGUAGUGUAGUACUAAUACCAAUGUACAGAAUUCCCUUUAAGAUUAACUCCUCAGUUAUGAAUUUGUACUCCGAAGUGUGACUUAGAAAAACUAUGAAGCGGGAGUGAGUGUAUGUAAUAUAAACUGUAUAUCUGUAAUCCACUUUUACCAAACCCUUUAUAAACAGCAGUAGAAACCAAAUGGCAUUACUAGUGCACUUAGACUAGGUUACUGCUUUAACCGUUCUCAAUUCGUCCUAUUCUAGCUAAGGUUUCUUUGAGAAUGUCUUUUUAAUGGUGCCAGCUAACACACUUCAAAGUCAUUUCUGUUUUAGAGGAUGUUUUUCUUUUUGUUUUUCUUUCUUUCUUUCUUUUUUUAGGAUGAUUCCAUAGAUUUUAAUGACAAACGAUUUGUUGUGUGACAGCUGUGUGGCGCAGCUUUUUAGCUACGUUUCCUCAUGGAAUUGAUAAUGCUAGGUGCAGCAGUGCUUAUUUUUUCAUAAAGAUGUAAGAGUGUGUUUUUAGUCUUUCUCUUUGCUAAACUGUAGGAUUUGUUCAGUAGCUAGUCAUGGCUGCCCUCCCAGAGGGGCUGGCAGGUGUUGUUCUUUUCUCUUUGGUUGGGUUUUUAUCAUGCCUCUUAAGUUGUAUUAUUUGUGUCCUUAUUGCUUUUUUUAUUUGUUAUGAACUUCAUGAUUAAUUUACCUUAGAAGACAUUAUUAUUCCAAAUGUAUUUGGUUGAUAUCUGUAUUUAUUAUCACUUCAAAAACGAUAAGAGGACAGAGGCAGACAGGAGCGUUUGUUUUAAUUUGAUUUUUCUGGGUUGUUUUUGUUUUAUAACGUGUCGUUUUCAAGCCAGCAAGCCGAUGUGAAAGCUCUACCUCGUCUGAGCCAUUCUCAGUUCUGUUACACUUUUGUACAUCAUUUCAAAAAGAUGUAAUGUCAUGUCCACAAUAAAGACACACAAAAUGGCA